AGAAAAUUCAUCGGAAACGAUUACAAUCUCUGUCUCUGAUGAUGGUUGAUCCCUUGUUUUGCUUCUUCUUAGCGUAUUUAAUCGUUUGGAUCUGGUUGAUUAUUGAGCUUAGCUUGUAGAUAUGAUUCUGUUCUCAUCAGAUUUAAGUCUCUUUCAGAUUAUAGAUUACUGCGAUUGCUAUCGAAAUUGAAUGAUGGAGAAGCCUACGCAGGAGGAGUCUGUGGCUGCAAUAUUGGUCGCUUGGGACAUCAAUAAGUGUCCGGUUCCAGAUGGCUGUGAUCCUCGUGUGGUCCGUCCGAGUAUUAAACGGGUUUUGGAGCAUAAUGGCUACCGUGGUCCUCUCACCGUCACUGCCUUUGGUAAACUAGAGGACGUCUCUACUGACAUCCUGAGAGCACUCUUUUCCAGCGGAAUCCAUCUUAUCUACACCCCCCCCAGAGAUUAUCCACUAAUUGCGGGUCUACUUGGUGAUACCGACCGAUUUCCUCCUCCAGCUAAUUUAAUGGCCAUAGCAGAUCCGAAAGACUGCGAAGGUGUUUAUGAUUAUCUACUAGACUGGGACUACAACGUUCUCGAGCCAUUUCCAUUUUCUUCUCUUGACACCUUAAUCAUGGAAGAUUCAGAGCCCCUUGUGCCAGAAACCUAUGAACCUCCCUUGUGGGAUUGCCAAACAUGUGCCCGUGAUCCUCCUGGCCGAAUCUUUGAUAAUCUGAUCACACAUCUAUCUGAUGAUGAACAUCAUGAGCUGCUGUUGCGUUGGCAUCCACGGGUUGCUUCUUCUGACAUGGAAACUUUGGAUCCACCGGUUGCUUCUUCUGACAUGGAAACUUUGCAUCAACCGGUUGAUCCUCCUGCCAUGGAAACUUUGGAUCCACUGGUUGCUCCUCCUGCCAUGGAAACUUUGGACCCAUCGGUUGAGGCUUUGUCGGAGCAGUUGCAGAUAUCGAAAGAGUUUUUUGAGGGAAACCCGAACGACGCUGUAACAUUGGUCUGCUGGGACAUCAAAAAGUGUCCAGUUCCACGUGACUGUGAUCCUCGUCGGGUCGGUCCGUGUAUUAAACAGUUAUUGGAGAAUAAAGGCUACUCUGGUCCUCUCAAAAUCAUUGCCAUUGGCCCACUAGAAGGCGUUCCUAAAGGCAUCCUGAGUGGAGUCUAUUCCAGUGGAAUCUCUCUUUAUUGCGGGAUAAGCUUGAAGUUCAGCGUGAUUUCACAUAUUUUUAAAUUUAUCCGUGAGAAUCCACCUCCAGCUAAUAUAGUGGUCAUAUCGGAAGCAUAUUCUUUGCCUUCUGGCUAUGCCGCCAACAUACAAUCGCAGGGAUACAACUUUGUUAAGCCGAUUCCACGUGAUUCUUUUGAAAUUUGUUUCCCUGCAGAGUCAGGGGCACUUGAGGAGGAUAAGUGCAGUGAAACGAGUGGAUCUGCCUUGUUGAUUUGCUCAGUAUGCGAUAGGAAACUUGUGUACCAAGACAUUGAAAAAUUCACCACUCAUGUUGUUAGUAGGCGACAUCAACGGAUGCAGUUGUUGGACUAUCUGCCUGGGGAUGCUCGGUUUCGUUUAACGGAGGAGGGUCUUGACAAAGGACCGCCGGUCAUAGAUAAGCUACACGUUUCUCACUUUGCAGACAUGGUAGGACAGGACAAAAUCUUUCUGACGGUGGCUGAAGCCGUGGAUUCUUGCUCUCCGAAACUCUCCGACGAGGUCUGAAACGGAGAAGAAGAAUCUUGAUGAUGAAGCAAAAAGACAAAGUGCUGUAUGUUGUACAGACUGAAUUGAGUAGUCAGUGACUUUGCCUUCAAUUUAUCUUUUAUCUAUCCUCAUUUGUGUGACGUAGAGGUCAAGUCUAAAGUUGACCUAUAAGAGCUUUUUAUAGCGUCGUGGUAAGCUUGGAUUUACUGGAUUACUCAUUUGUUUUGCGACAAAUAUUUGCAAAACGUUAAACAUGAAUUAGUUUUUGUUAUUGUUUUCAAUAACUUUGAACUAUGCUC